AUGAAGGAUGACCGCCCCGCAAUGAAGUGGCUGCUGCGGUUCAUAACCCGACGCGGAAGGCAGCGGACGCCGAUUCCACCAAAGCCGUACGUCGACACCGCGUCAGCGUCGCGGCACAUGACGGACCCCCGGCUGUACGACCCCGAUGAUUUGAAGCACAUCGACCCCGAGAAGCCACACUGGCAGGACCCACGCUUCGAGUCCCGCGAAAGCCUCCCGUUUUUUGACUUUUGGGGGUACAACAGGGACUGGAGCUGGACGCUCUUCCGGGCCUCCACCGUCAUCUUUGCCAUGGCGCUUUACUGGGAAAUGCGCACACUGCUGUACGUGCGGAAUGACCCACCGCGGAUCACGGGCAGCACCACGGUUUCACCUGUCCCGGACUAUGCGAGGGACGACAAGGCAACCGAAGAAGAGUUGCGCGCCGCGGGAUUUGCCUACAUUGGCGUAAAGAAGUUGGACCACCUCGGUCUGUCAAGCGGCGGGAAAACAUCGGCAGGGGAGGAGGAGGAGGAGAAGUAG